GCGUUCGUUGGGAGGAGUUUGCUCGUGUUUUAUAGAAUUCCUGUUGAGUAAUCCAAAACUAAUCUGUUUUCAGGACCUGUUAUUACAAACCAAAAUUGUCAUAACAAUGGACGAGGAAAGUCGUCAACUGUUAGGAGAUUGUUUCCUGCGGACCAUUGUGAAUCCUCGUGCAACAAAUGCCCCACUGGAACCUCCGCCAACAAAAGCACCGGUUAAAGCGGAACUGCAGGUUCUCCGGUUGAAGGAGGAAUCACGGAACCUUAUAAUGGACACACUACGAGCUAUUCACGGUGAAACGUUUCAAUUGGGUGAUAUUACUAAAUACGAAGACAAAGGAGGUCGUAUGAAAAAGUCUUACUGGCAGGAUCGAGGGAACCUAGUCGUACAGGGAGGAUGCGAUUAUUCGUAUGUGAAAAAAACCACCAACAGCGGUGAGGAUAAAUUUCGGAUGUACGCAUUGAUCAAGCUGGAGAGUUACGGGUUUGCGAAACGGCACUGCGAGGAAGCCCUGGAUCACUGUAACGGCGAUGUUGAUGAUGCGUUGGGGAUACUGUUUAGUAAGUACUUCCCUGCUCCGGUAGAUUUACUUCAAAUGGAAUGUGAUAUGAACGACGAAGAACUCGCCCAAAUGAGGAAUGAUGAAAAGGAAGCAUUGGAAUCGAUUUACGAUAAAUUGUUUAUUGAAAAAGAACGGAACCGUGUGUGGCAGUUGAAGUUUAAAAUAGACCAUUUGCUGGUUCACAGUCCUUCGGAAGUGAAAAAGUUGGAAAAGAGGAAACAGCAGGAAAUUGAAGAGGAACGGCAAAGGCAGUUGGCAGCAAAGGCAAAGAAAAAACCUAAGAAGGAGCCUUGCUGGAACUUUGCUAAAGGAAAAUGCAGAUACGGUAAUAAGUGUUAUUUUUCGCAUGGUGCAGAAUCCGAUGGGGAGGAAUCGAGCAAAAAAGAAAAACAAAAGGAAGAAGAAGACCCAAGUUGGUUCUUCCUGGAAAUUCGUUUCCAUAAAAAGAGUAAAUAUCCUUUUGAAGCACCUUUACUAUUUCUGAAGACUACUUGCGCAGAUAUUCCGCAUCAAUUAUUGUUGCGAGUAGCGCGUAUUCUAGUUCAGGAAUCGAUUAAAAUUACCCAAGACGGAAUGCCGUGUGUUUACACGAUAGCAGAGCUGCUUCAGAAUGACGAAGAAAUUACCCGUUUCAUUGAAUUAGAUCGCUACCGAUUUCCGGAUCCUCGUCGUUCACUUUUCUAUGAACCCGAACUGGACUCCCUGAAUAGCUUAACAAUCGAAGAUCUUCCAACGCAUAACCAAAUGGGCCUGACGCAGCGUUCGUGCGGUAUAAAAACGAACCCAGAACAGCGGUUGAAGGAUGAUUUGAACAUCAUCCGCAAGUUUAUGGACAAGCAGAAAAAUGACGCCUACAAGGAUAUGCUCCGUCAUCGACAGCAACUGCCGGCAUGGUACAAAAUGAAUGAAAUUAUUACCUUCAUCGAAUCCUCUCCAGUUUUGGUAAUUAGCGGCGAGACGGGUUGUGGCAAAUCCACUCAAGUGCCUCAAUUCAUUUUGGAUAAUUGGCUGUUUCAGUCGUCGAAGCUGGACCGGAAGGUGCCGCACGUGGAAAUCAUCUGCACCCAACCGAGGCGGCUAUCCGCCAUCGGAGUGGCCGAACGAGUCGCCGAAGAGCGUGUGGAACGGAUUGGAAAUACCGUUGGGUAUCAGAUUCGAUUAGAAAACAAAAUUUCCACCUCGACUAGGCUUACGUUCUGUACCACGGGAAUCCUGCUUCGUCGAUUGCAGUCCGAACCCACACUGGACAACGUGACGCAUAUCAUAGUGGACGAAGUACACGAACGAUCUGAGGAAUCCGAUUUCCUACUGUUGAUUCUGAAGGAAUUGCUCGAGAAGCGACGCGAUUUGAAGGUGAUCCUCAUGUCGGCAACGCUGAACUCGAAUCUUUUUUCGUCGUACUUCGGAGACGUACCGGUACUGGACAUUCCCGGGCGGACGUUUCCGGUGGAACAGCUGUUCCUGGAAGACAUCCUGGAACGAAGUGGUUUUGUGCUAGAAACCGACUCGCAGUUUUGUCGGAAGCUGCGCAAAGGCGAAGAAGAACAAUUGAUGCAAGAACUGGAGUAUGCGGAUGUGAAGGCGUCCAACGCAGCCCCAGGCAAGAGCAUCAAGGACGAGAAUCUGAAGCUGGCCGAUAUGUUUGCGCGUUAUUCGGAUUACUCCAAACCAACGUGCAAAACCCUCUACCUGAUGGACCCGUUGCGUAUCAAUCCGGAGCUGAUCGAGCAUGUUCUGCGCUACAUCGUCGAAGGAACCGAUCACGGUUGGCCCCGGGAGGGAACGAUUUUGGUUUUCCUACCAGGUCUAGCCGAAAUUAAAACCAUUCACGAGACACUGUGCGAUAGUAAAUUGUUUGGUCCACGGGAAGACAAGUUCAUUCUGGUGCCGCUUCACUCUAGCCUGAGCAACGAAGAGCAAACGUUGGUGUUCAGAAAGGCCCCGAAAGGAAAGCGGAAAAUUGUACUUAGUACCAACAUUGCCGAAACGUCGGUUACGAUCGACGAUUGUGUGUUCGUGGUGGAUUGCGGGCAGAUGAAGGAAAAGAGUUUUGAUUCAAAUCGAAAUAUGGAAUCUUUGGACGUGGUUUGGGUUUCGCGGGCAAAUGCCUUGCAACGGAAGGGUCGAGCCGGUCGUGUUAUGCCGGGUGUUUGCAUACAUCUGUUCACCAGGCCACGUUUCACGAAUCACAUUCUGUCGCAACCAGUGCCGGAAAUUCAUCGAAUACCCCUGGAACCGUUGCUGCUGAGAAUCAAAACACUUCACACGCUGCACGGGAGAUCUCUGAAGGAUGUUUUGGGUGCAACCAUUGAACCACCGAGCGAGGAGAACAUCGUAGCCGCCAAAAAACGUUUGAUUGAUGUGGGUGCCUUCGAUUUGGAGGAACAGUUGACGCCUCUGGGACAUCACUUAGCCACUCUGCCGGUCGAUGUGCGGAUAGGAAAAUUAAUGCUUUUCGGUGCAAUUUUCCAGUGCUUAGACAGCGUGCUAACGAUUGCCGCUUGUUUGAGCUUCAAAAGUCCGUUCGUAUCGCCGUUCAGCAAACGAGAUGAGGCCGACAGUCGCAAGCGUCUGUUUGGCAUAGCCAACAGUGACCAUUUGACCAUGCUGAACGCGUAUCGUAAGUGGAAAGAUACAACCAAACGAAGUCGUUAUGCCGCCCAAUGCUACGCGGAAGAGAAUUACCUUUCUUCGAAAACACUUCAAACGAUUGGUGAAAUGAAAUAUCAAUUCCUGGAGUUGCUCAUUUCGAUUGGAUUCGUUCCGGUAGACCUGUCCGGUCGACGGGGGAAGUUCGUCAAAGACGAAAUACUUGAGCUUACCGGGGCUGAAAUUAACGCAAACGGUGACAACAAUCGACUGCUCGCGGCCAUCCUUUGUGCGGCGCUCUAUCCAAACGUCAUCAAAAUCCUUACACCGGAGAAAAGUUUCAUCAGCGGAGCAGGAGGAGCCGUACCAAAACAACCUCAACCUUCCGAUUUACGCUUCAAAACCCAACAGGACGGGUACGUCUUUCUGCACCCAUCGUCCAUCAACUCCCGGUUUGGUCACUUCAAUUCUCCCUACUUGGUCUACCAGGAAAAGGUGAAAACCACACGAAUCUAUAUCCGCGAGACAACCAUGGUCCCCCUGUUGGCGAUGGUGCUCUUUUCCGGAAGUGAUCUGAGAAUCGAACUGCACGGUGGAGAUUUCGUGAUUCUGCUGGAAGAUGGUUGGAUUGUGCUGCAGGCGGAAACCCACGAGGUAGCCGAAAUGAUGAAGUUCCUGCGGUUGGAGCUGGCCAAAAUGCUAGCACUAAAGAUCGCUGAUCCACUGUUGAAUCUGACCAAUCACGAACACGGCCGGAAGGUGAUCGGGACGAUCGUACAGUUGAUCAACAAGGAGUAAGAAGCCAACUGUUGUAAUGUGAUUGCUAUGUUGAACUAGUUUUUUUUAUGCUGUCAAGGUAUGACCUAGAGAAAUGUACCGCAUAUAUGUUAUGUAUUUAAAAAAAUA